GCGCUUAGGGAUUGGAGGAGUCUUCGUUCAUUCAAUUUCUUUGAAAAGCUGGAUUAUUUGGAGAGCUAGAGUGGUAAAGACGCGAUUGACAGCGUGUGAAUAUUGUGUUUGUGCCGAAGAACUGACGUAAGCGGAGCCAUGUUCAGCAGAUUCACGGCUUUGGUGGCUGAAGUUGUCGGGUUUGGACCUCAGCAGAUAAGGCCGGAGGAUUUCACAACUCACUGGCGAGCCAUCACUGACUCUAUAGCCACUUCUGAUGCAGGUGGGAGUGUGUCGGAGACGGACAUCCCCCACCACCUGGGAGCCAUGGCAGAGCUGCUGUGUGAAGAGGACUCUCAGAAAGACUCGCGUGACCACGGCACAAUGGGGCUUUGCCUGGAGUUCAUGCUCAGACACAGAAUACUGGACACUCUCUACAUACCAUGCAAGAAUGACUAUCCAUCAGGUAUUCGUCAGGAGGUCCUCAUGUUCCUCAUACACAUGUUGGGACGGAUGGAGCAGCCUCUCCUGCCUCACGUCAGUGUCCACCAGCCUGUCCAGGUCAGUGUGAUUACCUCCUGGCUCAUCUCGUGGCGAGAGCAUGCCUGACCACCUUAAUGUGUGUGCUCUUCUUCCAACUCGACACAUUCAAGCAAGUUUAUAAGCACCUAACUGCUGAUUCAGUUCAAUCAACCAGUAAAGUUAUGUAUGUAACUCUGCAUUAUGCUAUGAAUGUUGUUAUCUUUUUCGGCUUGUUCCUCCUCACCCUCUCCUCUCCUCUCAUCUCUGGGCCCCCCAGAAGCUGAUCCAGCUGUGUGGUCUCCACCCCCAGAGCCCUCUGGCCCUCAUGGAGAUCCAGUUCCUCCGCACAAUCUGUCUCAAGGUCCACGACGACACCCGCCUUGCCGAUUUCCUCCUCGUCGACCUCCCCGUCAAGAGGUCCCCUCUCUCCCCUCCCUCUCCCUCUGUUUCGUCCGUCUCCCCAAACAAUGCCUCCCAAUCUUCCACCAGUUCUCCUCCGGUCCCCACAAAGACAGUGUAUCUAGUGGCGGAGGCUCUGCAACGUCUGGUGAACCACAACGACAGCAUGGUGGCAAUGAAGGCAUAUGAGUGCCUGCUGAGCUGCGUGUCGCUGCGGCACGAGGGCGUGGCACGGGUCCUGGCGUCCUCACAGCUCCCUGUCCUACUGGCCAGCAAACUGCAGUACCACUUUCAGCUCAUACCACUCUCCUGUUCACACACGUCCAUCGUUGGCUGCAACACUGGCUGGGGAGUGGACUAUGCCAGUAGGAGCAGAACAGUGGACCACUCUCCGUCUGGCUACGGUCUGUGGCACGUGGAGGCCUACCUCUCCUGGCUGGACUACGUGGAGCAGGCCGUGGUCUCUGCCAGCGCGCCACUCUACCAGGCCCUGUGCACUGCCGUCCAGGAGCUACUGCUGGAGGCCUCUCUCAUGCCUCGCAUCCUCAGAGUAACUGAGGAGGACGUCUUACUCAGCACGUCUGUUCUGUCACGCUCGAUCCAGUUCAUAACAGACGAGAGUUUGCUCUCAGAGUUUGUACUGUGUGUCCUGGGGACAGGAGGAGGAAGAGGAAGAGGAGGAGGAGGGGAGGGUGUGGGGAGUGAGGGAGGUGGGGGUGGGAAGGAGCCCGAGAAAGUACUGACUCUGAGACAGCUCAUGGUUCAGAGGAUUGAUCAUCCCAGUGACGAUGUGUGUCAAGCUACUCUGCAGUUGAUAAACUCUCUCUUAGAGUGCCCCCUCGCCCCCGUCUUCCUGCGUGAAUUGGUGUUCGAUGGAUCUCCCGCCACUACCAGCAUGACAAACUGGAAGACAACCACCUCUCCUCCUCGGUCAUCACAACCUCCCAACAAUCCCCAAACUCCCCACACUCCCGACUCUCCCAAGGCUCCCCAAACUCCCCGUUCUCCCCACACUCCCACCCACGCAUUCGCAGCCACCAGCACCCCACUGCCCCAGGACAGCACCACAACUGGCAGCAGCCUGGCACGGCAGAGGAAACAACUGGAGCACUGGAUCAAUAGCUACCUAUCCCUGGUACCUGCGGAUCUCCUGUCUGCAGAGGUGGUGACAGGAGAAACUGGUGUUGAGGACUAUCUAAUUGAAGCCCACAAACAGGUAUUAAAGUGUAGAGUAUUGGCUCAGUCCUGGGACCAGGACGGAGGAGGAGGAGGAGAUGACAGGGUAUUGGAGGGGGUGUGGUCUUCACCCGAGGCAGUAACAUCACAGGAUGUGCCAGAGAGUCCCUUCCCCCACCACCACCACCAUCGCGACCGUGGAGACGGGAGAGCUGGGGGAGAACGGGGAGGAGGAGAGGGACCACUCGUACCUGCUCUGCUCUCCAAACUGGAGAGACUCUUAGACCAGUCGUACGAGGUGAACUUGAUGCUGACGUCCGUUCUCUCUCAACUUGCGGCUUUCUCUCAUCCUCGUAUUGAUCGUCUCUUCUUCCCCGACAGCUCCCCCCACAACUCUGUCUUCUCUGUACUGAAGAAGGUGAACAGUGAGCUGGUGGUCCACGCGGAGCGCUCUCCUGGCUUCCAGUUCAACCUCAGAGAAGUCAGGAAGAGAAUGGUCGGCCAGGAGACUUCCGACCUCCUCAGUAUGCCCCAUAAUGAUCUACUGGAAGGUGCUGUUGUAUUGGAGGAGUUUUGUAAGGAGAUGUCGUGUGUUCUGUUUGCAAAGCACUCGACUGCUCUCCUUGCUUUACCUCCCUGUGGACUCCCCUCACCCGCAUCUCCUUCUACAUAGCUAUAAUAGACAGCCCCUCAAUCAAUCACACUCUUUUUAUAACAUUUUUAGCAAGCUAUAUUAUACCUCAAUCUCUACGGUUUCGCGCAUGCGCUCUAGGUCGCGGGGUUGUUAUGGUGCGCAUCAAUUGGGGUGUUGACGAAGACGAAAGGAUUGCCGUUCCUUUUCCUCUUCGGCCAUGAGCUGGAAUCCUUUCAAGAAGGCCUUCUCCUCCGGCCGCAGAGCCAGAGCGGAAGACGUGGAAUUUGAAAGAGAAAUCAACAAGAUGAGGCAGAUGCAGGCAGUGUCCAAGAGAAUGUGCAAGGACAUGAAAAAGAGCAAUGAUUGCGAAGCAGCCCUGGCGAGAGCCGGUCAAAAGAUGGCGAGCGACGCAAGGGCAUCUUCACACGGGAAAACAGAGCCACUCAAAACGACAGUGAGUGUCUGUCAGUCUGUCUUUCAGUUCCUGUGUCUUUGUGUGAGCAUGUGUGCUUUGUCGUUGCAGUCUGUCUGUCUCUCUCUCUCUCUUUCUCCCACUGUC